AUGAGCACGCAAGCCUGUCAGGCUGAGGCUUGCGCCAUCCAGGCCUGCCUCGACCGGAACGGGUACAACGAGGCCAAGUGCCAGUCAGCCGUUCGCAAGCUAUACGAGUGCUGCGCGGACAUGUACGCGCGCGCCGAUGCGGCCGGCAAGAGUGCCGAAGAGGCCAAGAGUCCAAGCUGCCCUUUCCCGGCCAUCGUGCAGCGCAAGCUCAAGCAAUUUGAAAGGGAGGGCGUUUAG